UCAAACGACAAGUCCCGGAGUUGUCUGGGAAGACACGGCAGAUGUUUGUCUGUUGAAUAUUGUCUGUUGAUGAGGAUCAAACAGCUUUCAUCUAGAGAUUACACUGUACAUCAAAUACUUUUUCCCUUUCGUUUCUUUACCAAGCCAACUCUAAAGAAAAUUUGAAAACCUUCCUGAAAUGUCGUGGCUGGUAGUCUUCGUCCUUCUCACCUUUACAGGAGUGGAUGGUUGGAUGAACGACUAUCGAGGAGAUUUCAGGUUCAUGUGUGACAAUGAUCAGGUUAUCAUUGCCUUCUUCAGCAUCUAUAACAUUGUCUUGAACGACCGAAUUUUCGACUUUGUUUGUGGUUCCAUUCCUAAUACCGAUUAUGCGUGCCUCUUUUUAGAUUAUGCAAAUUCCCCUUACAAGACAGACAAGUACGAUUGCUCAAGAAAUUUAUUCUUCAAUGGUGUGAUCAGUUCCUAUGUUAACAAUGUCCGAAAGUUUUCCAUCUAUUGCUGCACUAGUGAUAAUAUCAAGAUGAGGGACUGUUUUGACUCAACUGUUCAUCAAAGAUCCGAGGGUCUAGUACUCUUUUAUGUACCCGCAGGAAAAUUGCUAAAAGGGUUUCACAUCGAAGGCCACAACCCCAGUACUCAGCGCUUCGUAUUCCAAGUUUGCUCGGCUAACUAAUAACAGUUACUGUUCCUUGACGCCCACUGAUCUCCUGCUUCAUAGGAGAGACAAUGAUGGCCACUGAUCUCCUGCUUCAUAGGAGAGACAAUGAUGGCCACUGAUCUCCUGCUUCAUAGGAGAGACAAUGAUGGCCACUGAUCUCCUGCUUCAUACGAGAGGCCAUAAUGACCAACGUCUUCACAUUUCGUCAGGUGAAAGGUCACAGAAAAGCAGCAACUGUCAUCAUAAAUAUUACAAACCCUUAUACGCCUUCGACUUUUUUGUUUACAGAUGUUAUAAUAUGUAAUCAAUCUAUACCAUCUAAACAUGUACUGUAAGAAAUAACGAAAUGUAAUUGAGGUAAAGGACAAUAAUAUUAAUAAAAUAUGUUUGACAAGCA